AUGUCGCUCAGCCCCAAGCACACGACGCCCUUCUCCGUCUCCGACAUCCUCAGCCCCAUGGAGGAGAGUUACAAGAAGUUCGGCUCCAUGGAGGGCAGCCUAGUCGGGGUCGGGGUCGGGGUGGGGGGCUCCUCCGCCUACCGCCAGCCCCACGCCUCGGCCCUCCAGCCGCCCCAGAGCCAACAGCAGCAGCAGCAGCAGCACCCCAUGGCCGCCCACGGCGCCUACCACCCCCACCCGCACCCCAUGGCCCACCCCGGCGUCUCCCAGUUCGCGGCCCACGCCUCGGUGGGGGGCUACUGCAACGGAGGGCUGGGCAACGUGGCCGACCUGGGCCCUCCUUACCCGGAGAGCGUGCGAGGAGCCGGGGCCGCCGCCGCCUCCGGAUGGUACGGGGCCAACGCCGACCCCCGGUACCCCACAAUCUCCAGGCUGAUGGGCCCGUCCGGGGGCAUGAACAUGGCCGGCAUGGGGGCCCUGUCCGGCAUCGCCGAGGCGGCGGCCAAGUCCUUGGGCCCCGUCGCGGGGCUCCACGCCACGCCGCGUCGGAAGCGGCGGGUGCUCUUCUCCCAGGCGCAGGUCUACGAACUGGAGCGGCGCUUCAAGCAGCAGAAGUACCUCUCGGCGCCGGAGCGGGAGCACCUGGCCAGCCUGAUUCACCUGACGCCCACCCAGGUCAAGAUCUGGUUCCAGAACCACCGCUACAAGAUGAAGCGCCAGGCCAAGGACAAGGCGGCACAGAUGCAGCAGCAGCAGCAGCAGCAACAACAACAACAACAGCCAUCCGAGGGGCCCGGCUUGUGCUCUCAGCAACAGCAGCAGCAGCAGCCCCAGUCGUCCUCCCCCCGGCGGGUGGCGGUGCCCGUCUUGGUCAAGGAUGGCAAGCCCUGCCCGAACAGCAGCAGCAGCCCCAGUCCCCACCCGCACCCCCCGCAGCCUCCUCCUCCUCCUCCUUCGGCAGUGACUGCCCUGGGGCAAGGGCCGGACCUGGAGGAGCUCUCCCCGAGCCCCCCUUCGAUCCACAGCCAAGUGGGGCCUCUGGCCCAGAUGGACACUGCCGCCGCCGUCGACUACAACGGCGGCAUGGUCAACGCCAGCUUGCUCUAUGGCCGGACAUGGUGAGCCCCCUCUGCCAAGCAAGGAAGGAAGGAAAAACACACAUCCACUGGAUUCCUCCCCUUGCCCCUGCCCCACAACUCUUCCUUCUCUCUGUCUCUCUCCCUCUUUUGGGACCUCAAGCCCCCCCACUCUUGGGCCUUCUUGGCUAGUAGGACCCAGAAGAUUGGACCAGGCUGCAUUGGUGGCUCGCCUCCUCCUCCGACAGCGCUUUUAAAAUCCUCCUAGGAGCCCAGACAGUAGAGUCGGACCUUGACAAAAAGCAACAGGCAAAGGGACGUCUAGUUUGUUUGUUAAAGGAAACGAAUUAGGAAUUGUGAAGGUUAUUCUCUAAUAUUGCCAUCCGCUUAGGAGAGGAAAGAAAGGAAAGGAAAGAUGCUUAUCUAGAGGGUCCCGACUUAGUUCGGGGUAAUGGCAGAACUCGGCUUUGUUGAUGCUUCCCUUCUGGGCCAGAGUGACAAUAGCCUUCUGAAGUGCGACUUAUCCCUGGAGGGGAGGGGAGGGAAAAACAUAUUAAUACCAGCACUAAUAAUUGUAUAAGUGCAAUCUCAUGAUUACGGAGAACGUAACUUCAAGGUGGAUGGGCAAAAACUGAGCCGCCAUCGUCGCCAAAGGGAAGGCGGCGGGAGGAAGGGUGUCUCGGUGCGGGGAGAAGUGGUUGCAUGGUUUAUAUAUAUAUAUACAUUAUACCCUUAUCCUGGGGGAAGGAUAUUUUUACAACAACAACAACAAAGAGGUGGGGGGAGGAAGAGAAGGGUUGUUUUUUUAAAUUGUUAUUAAGUAUGACUUGGGAUGCGUUUGGAUCUAUAAACUGGCAACAGCUCAGACAAGACCCGCCAAUGGUACCAAAACUGGAGAGAAGGAACUGGCCUUGGAUGGGCGACCGACUGUCAAUGUAAAAGGCUAGCUGCUGCUGGGAGCUUUCUCCUCUUAACAGACGUCCACUACAAGGGCUUUGGAAACGGAUGGUGGCCGAAGAAGAACCCGGAGGAAGCUUUCCUGGAGGAGUGUGCUGCUAAUUUCAUUUUUAAGGUCCACGUUUGUUUGCUUGUUUUAUUUUGCUCAAUGCCGCAUUUACUGGGCGAGCUCUUGAAGAACUACUAGAGGAAGGGAUGAAAGGUUGGCAGGACCAGAGGAACGGUAGCCUGCUUCUGUCCAUUUCAAGGGGGGGCAACAACAUUUAUCUGAUAAUCAAUCAAUCAAUCAAUCAAUAUAGACCCAUCCAUAGCAGGGGAGGAGUGGGAUGAAGAAAGGGGAAACUCGACCAUUAUUUCCUCCUCAGGUUUGCCUUCCCAGAAGAAUAUCCACAAAUGUGAAGCAACUAUCCAAAGGUAUCGAGCUCAGUUAUUUAACAUUCCCAAAUGGAGUCAGUAGCGGUUAAACAGACCAAGAAAGUUGCUUUGACAACAUGGGACAACAUUUGCUGGGCUAGGGAUUGAUGUUCUCUCUUGUUUUUAAUUUAUUACCUGCUUCUUGUUGUUGUUGUUGUCGUUGUUUUAAAAAAAGAACGAGCUCAUUCCUCCCUGAUACGUCGGCU